AUGGCCGGAAAACGCGCAGCAUCACGUCGUAAAGAUAAGACGACUGCGCGACAGGACGCGCAAGGACCGAUUGCCACCGCCACUGCUCAGACCUCCAAAGCGCGAUCUCGCGCCAACAAGAAGCCCGCUGGGAGUUCACGAACCGCCAGGAAGACGAAGAAUUCUUCAUCUACGACAAGUAACGUCUCUCCAUGCGAGGAUACGGAAGCCCCACGCAGGGCGAACAAGCGCCGUAAAGUGGCAAGCCCUGAGCCCGCGGCUGACGACAAUGACGCCGACCUUGAGAACCCUAGUAGAGAUACGCAAGGAUUCAAGGACUUGCCACACGAGAUCCUGCUGGAGAUCUUCAUGCUCUGCAAUCCAGCCGACAUCCUUCGUCUUUCGCAGACAAGCAAGGCGCUCCGCGGGAUCCUCAUGCACAAGAGCUCCAAAUGGAUCUGGGAACAUACGAUCAAGCAUUACCGCACCGCCAUACCGCCAUGCUACAAGAACCGCUUGUCUAUCCCCCAAUACAUGAGUCUCCUCUUUACCACCAACUGCCUCGAAUGCGGCUCCGACAAAGGAAAGCAUGCGCUCUGGUGCUUUCUCGAUCGCCUUUGUAACAAAUGUAUCAACAAGAAGUACAUGGUAAUCGACAGCAAUACGUCUUACUACGGUGUACGCACCUGGUACCAAAUGCCCGGCGGUUAUGCCGGUCCCAAGCAGCUUGUCGCGGACCGUCAAGAGGCGCGAAAGAUCCGGGACGAGACCAAGCGGAUCGAGGAUACUGGCGCAUACUACUCCCGUCUGAGAGAAAUAGACAAAGUAUCUCAAGAGUCCAUGGCGGUACGAGUUGAGGCUGCGCGCGCGAACUGA